AUGGCUCUCCAACCCCAUCCUGUGGACCCCAAUUUCUACAAGGGGGAGGAGAAAGAGAUGGAGGUGAGCCUUGAUAUUGAACAAGAGGCAGCCACUGCAGCAGACAGUGGCAGCUCAGACAAACAAAAGCAGCAAGACAUCCCAGAUGACAGUGAUGAUGUGAUCUACGUUGGAGUCUUGAGCUCCAUUGGUAAUGAUAGCAAAGACAGGAGCCUCGGAAGCCACCAAGGGUCUGGACAGCCACAGCUGGAGAAUCAGGAGAAUGUGGCUGCUGCCCGAGAUCCACAGCUUCAGCAGCGCACAAGGCCACGGAUCCAGUUGGGUCUCACACCCAGGCAGCUGAGGGAACUGGAAGAGGUUUUUGAAAAAAAUAAGUACCCUGAUGAGUUCAUAAGGAAGGACCUCGCAAGGCGCUUGUACCUGGGAGAAUCCACAGUGCUGCGUUGGUUUAAGAGAAGACGAGCCAAGGAUAGGAAAUAUCAGCAGUCUCAAGUGCUCAAGUGCGCAUCUGCUGACAGCCAGAGCACCUAG